AUGGCUUCCAAGGUCCUGAUACCUGGUGUUCCGUUCGCCUCCCUCCAGGUAAAGAAAUCGCCACCAGAACCAAAUGGCGCUGGCUUCUACAUCGGUGGCGGUGACUCCGCGUCGAGGAUCGCCCACCUGGAGCACAGCGUCCGGUUCCUGCAGGACCAGCACCGCCAGAUGCUCAGCGGUCUUCACGCGGAGAUCGAAUCGCUGCGAGAGAGAAACAGAGACUUGCAGUUUCAGCUAAUCUUUAACAAGGAACCGUUGAAAAAAAGCGGAGCCGGAAGCGAUGAAAAUGAAACUCAAUUGAACGCACUACGACGAGAUAUCGAGAAAUUGGAGCAGGAAGCGACAGCUGCGCGCGGUGAUGCGACGGCCUAUGAACGGAAGGCGGCGCAGUUGCAACAGAUGGUGGAUGCGCAGAACCAGAAAAUCCAUGAGCUGGAACAACGAAGCGAGGUACCAGCGACCGAAGCGCAGCCCACAGACGAGGAGAGCCGAGCGGAGCUGCGCGCGCGACUCGCCGAGGCGGAACGUCUCGUUCGGCGCCUGCGCAGCGACGCGGAGCGACAGCGCAGAGAGGUACACGGGGGCGCGGGCGUCACCAACCUACUGUUCGACGGCGCGGCCGCACAACACGCGCACUGUAUGAAAAAUUCUUUAAUAAGAACGAGCGGCGUAGACGCCUUUGGGUUCCAGAACUUUCAAUACCCCCACCACAUGCACACCCCAGACUUCUGGAGGGAGCCUUUGCGAGAAGAAUACAGCAUGGGUUCCCGUGGAAGACAUCACAGACGACCUAACACGUUACCAGAAUUGUCAGCUAUUGGACAGCAGAUCCGAUCUACUGUGUAUGCGAAUCAUACGCGUGUACGAGGGUACCCAGAAAGAGUGAAAAACAAACAAACAGUCAACGGAGAUCCACACAUCGGGAAGACUCCGGAUGAAACCCCAGAUCGCACACGAUCAAAUCCAGUUAAUACAGAUAAUUUACAGAGCAACGAUAAACAUGUGGCCCCAUGCCCCGAAUUAAAAGUAGUGGUCACAAAGGUUAUACCGCACGGAAAUGGUGAGAGCAACGUGCAAGUGCUGUGUAACUUGAGAGCUAUAGGAUCCUUAGUAUCCCCCCGCGAUUCGAAGCAAGAGACGGUGCGUCAGGCAUUUCUGGAGCUGGCUAAAAUAUACCAUCCAGAUUCUCAAUCGCCCGACGCAAGCAUAGAAAAAUUUGUAGCGGUUGAAAAUGCGUUUCGUACUCUCUCAAAACACAAUACAGGUUCUAGUAACAAGGCAGAAGUUGAGAAAAUCGUCUUUGAUAUAAGGCACACAGCGCCACAACAUAGACAAUAUUUAAGUUACGAGGGAGUUGGACAUGGUACUCCCUAUCAGCGAGAGAAGCAAUGGGCUCAAGUCCGAGCACAAAAAGCAGCUAACAAUGUGAUGGAACACCGAGUAGCUAAAGCUGUUGCAUCUGACAAAACGCUCAUGAAGAAGGACUCCUCGAAGAAACAUGAUAUUAAAACUAAGUACGGCUUUGACAGACUCGUGGAAGAUCUUAUACAAGAGUCUAUGUCAAAGGGGGAAUUUGAGAACUUGAGUGGGAAAGGGAAACCGUUGAAAGAUCAAAAUCGGAAUCCGUAUGUUGAUUUCACUACACAUAAGUUAAAUGAGGUCCUAAUCAACAACGGUUUCACUCCAGAAUGGAUAACAAUGAGCAAAGAGAUAGACCAAGAUAUAGAGCUUUUAAAAGAAGAAGUAGAAAGAGAAAGAAUGUUCCUCGGCCCUUAUCCCCUCUCAGAUACGGACAAUGUCAAAUGGGACAAAAUAUAUGAGAGCAAUAAAAAUUUGGCCAAAUCAAUAAAUACAAAGAUAAAUACGUUUAAUUUAAUAGUACCGUUGCUCAACAAACAGAAGUUUCACGUGGAAUAUGAGAAAGUAUGUGAAGAUAUUCUUGUCAAUGGAAGACAUUCGGUGGAAAGAGUUGAAAGAGAGGAAGUAAAGACAAUUGAUCCUCGAAACGAAGACAUAAUGGCUGUAAUCUUUAAAGUAUUGGGCGAUUUGGUUACUUUCAAUCGGGACAAGAAAAAGGAUGUACAUUAA